AUUAGCCACACAGCUUAUGCCCCUAAACAUAAUCGGUUUUCCCCAUCCUAUUUUUUUUAACUAAAAGCUACAUCCUGUAAUAUACACCUCUGAAAUAACAAAUUAGCUCGAAUUAUUAAUGAAUUAAUUGAAUAAUUAAUUAAUGAAUUAAUUGAAUAAUUCAUUCAUUCAUUCAUUUUCUAAUGCUUUCGGGUCGUUUCCAACUGAGGACCAUGUUAUGAACAAAAUCGGUGACAAAGGGCAGCCUUGGCUGAGUUAAACUCUCACCGGAAGCGAGUCCAACUUUUUGCGGGCAAUGCGGACCAAAUUCUGACAGCGGACAUACAGAGUGAUUAUCAGGGGGUUCGGUACCCCAUACUCCCGAAGAACCCCCCACAGGACUCCCCGCGGGAUACGGUCGAACGCCUUCUCCAAGUCCACAAAACACAUUUAGACUAGUUGGGCAAACUACCGUGCACCCCUGAGGAUCCUGCCGAGAGUGUAGAGCUGGUCCACUGUUCUCCGGCCAGGACGAGAAUCAAAUUGCUCCUCCUGAAUACGAGAUUUGACUUCCUGACGGACUCUUAUUACCUCCCUUACCAGGGAGGCUGAGGAGUGUGAUCCCCCUAUAGUUGGAACACACCCUCAGGUCAUCCUUCUUAAAAAGGGGGACCACCACCCCAGUCUGGCAAUCCAGAGGCAUUGUCCUCGAUGUCCACGCUAUGUUGCAGAGGCGUGUCAACCAGGACAGCCCCACAACAUCCAGAGCCUUUAGAAACUCCAGGCAAUUCUCAUCCGCCCCUGGGGUCCUGCCACCAAGGAGCUUUUUAACAACCUCGGUGACCUCAACCCCGGAGAUAGAAGAGCCUGUCUCAGAGCACCCAGACUCAACUUCUUCAUGGGAAGGCAUGUUGGUGGAAUUGAGGAGGUCUCUAAAGUAUUCUCCCCACCGACUCACAACAUCCCGAGUUGAGGUCAGCAGUGCCCCAUCCCCACUAUACACAGUGUUGACGGUGCACUGCUUCCCCCUCCUGAGACGCCGGUCGGUGGACCAGAAUUUUCUCACAGCCAUCUUGAAGUCGUUCUCCAUGGCCUCACCGAUCACCUCCCACGCCUGGGUUUUUGCCUCAGUGACCACCGAAGCUGCAUUCCGCUUAGCCAGCCGGUACCCAUCAGCUGCCUCGGGAGUCCCACAUGCCAAAAAUGCCCGAUAGGACUCCUUCUUCAGCUUGACAGCAUCGUUUGUCCACCAACGUGUUCACGGGUUGCCGCCACGACAGGCACCGACCACCUUACGGCCACAGCUCCGGUCAGCCACCUCGGCAAUGGAGGCGCGGAGCAUCAUCCACUUGGACUCUAUGUCCCCCGCUUCCUUUGGGAGGAAAAACAGAAGAUAUAAAGAAUGGCUGUUUUGAAAGUGACCUUUACCAAGACCAGGAGGGACAAACUAGCUCAGGUCCUUUGGAUUCUAAAUUGGAUCUCCGUGGUGACAGGCGUGAUCCUGUUUAGCCUGGGCCUCUUCCUUAAGGUGGCGCUCAACAAGCGGCAGGAGCUGAUGGCCGACACGGACAUUCAGUACGUUCCUAACAUGCUCAUCUCUGUUGGCCUCAUCGCAUGCGCCAUUAACUUUCUGGGGGGGAAGAUCUGCUAUGACUGCGCCGACACGGCCAAGUUCCUCCGCUGGAAGCUGAUCAUGCUGCCCUACAUUGUAUGCACCUUCUUCUUCACCUUCUGUGUGUUGGUGGGGGCUCUCAUGUGCUACACCAUGCACUGGGAACUGGAUGAGGCCCUGAGAGAAGGCCUGAGCCAGGCCAUGAAGUACUACAAGGACACGGACACACCUGGAAGAUGCUUCCUGAAGCGUGCUGUGGACAUGCUGCAGAUAGAGUUCCAAUGCUGCGGCAACAAGGCUUACACGGACUGGUUCCGAAUCCAGUGGGUCAGCAAUCGCUACCUGGACAUGUCUCACAGAGACGUGCUUGAUCGCCUGAGGAGCAACGUGGAAGGCAAGUACCUGAUGGACAGCGUCCCCUUCAGCUGCUGCAACCUCAACUCCCCGCGGCCGUGCAUCCAGCAACAGAUCAGCAACAACUCAGCCCACUUCAACUACGACCACCAAACGGAGCAGCUCAACCUGUGGACCAAAGGGUGUCACCAGGCUCUCUUGGACUAUUACAGCGGCAUCGUACAUUCCAUCGGUCUCACCGUACUGAUCACGUGGCUCUUUGAGCUGUCGGUGUUGACGGGCGUACGCUAUCUCCAGACGUCUUUGGAAAACAUGCUGAGACUUGGAGACCCCGACUGCGAGUCUGAUGGCUGGCUGCUGGAGAACAGCUUCAUAGAAACGGCUCGAAGCAACCUUAACAUCAUCAAGACCCUCAGUAAAAACAACCACGUGGACACAGCCAACAACGGGGACCCAAACAUCAACAUACCCUCCACUUCCAAAGCCCACUAUGGGCCGCACAAUGUGCCUCCCCAGCAAAUACCUGUGGCCAGCUGACCAGGAGCUGUUCAAUAGUCUGGACUACAGGAAAUACAGUUUUGGAAAGAAAGACACCACGCUCAGAUUUAACAUCACACAUUUUCAAAAUUUGAACUUGGAGGAGCAGAAUGAACAGUAUGUACAUCAUUUCUGAACACUUUACCUCAUAUGCAAAUUGCCCAUCUAACAAGUCAUUUCAAAGGAGCGUACAAGAUGAGAUAAACUCUUAACUCAAUCAGAAGCCUUUUUAAAACCAGGUAAAAACAUCCCAAGAGACUUGCCUCUGUUUCUUAAGGGGUUUCAGUGUGGCUGUGGAUGCUGUGGCCUUGCCUCGCCUUAGACGCCACCCAAAGAAAGACUUAAUGACUCUGUUCUACUAUUUGGAUGAAACCUUUUGACAUGCAAGAUUUUGGACAACUUGUGUGCUGCUCAAAGAAACUGUGAUGCCUUUUUGAACUUGGAGUAGUAUUGGUAUCAAGUUUACAUCCACUCACCAUACAACUAAACAUUUUGGAACUGAUCUUUUUGUCUGGUAGAACAGCGAUGGGGCCACUUGAAAAUUGAGGAAAAUUUUCAAUUUGUUCAAAAGGUUCCAUGGUUUCUACAUUUUGAAGGGUCAGUGGGAGUACUUUGUCCAUUUAUUAAUUCAGGUGAAGUCACCUCAGUUGGACCCCAGCUGUUGUCCUGCUUACAAUCUCUUUGAAUUUUGGGUUUUGAUUGUGUUAAUGUCAGGGUUCAGUCCAUUUUCUUACACACCAAUCUUAACAAUGCAUGCCUUUACAAAACCAAAUGCUGGGAUAGAUGUUCACUCAACAUUAGAAGCAUCAAAUUGUCCAAAAUCUCUUUAAAAUUAAAGCAGCAACUAAUAGAUCAAGUCAAACUCCUCAUUGGACUAAGUCUGACAUUUAUUCAUAUAUCUACACAUGCAUUUAAAUGCCAGGUUUUUCUGAUAUAAAAAAAAAAAAAUUAAAACUUUUUCAACCAUUGUGCCUUACAACCCAAAUGAGGAAAAAAAAAAAGAUCUCUUGAAACUGACUUGUACAGUAUUUGGAACUGUUCAUAAUUCUCUCCACAUUAGGUAAAACGCCAUUAAAGGCUGAAGAAAAAAAUAAUAAAACAGCUCCAAAGUUCAGGAGCAGUGUUUUGGUUGCAGUGAACAACUUUGAAAUUAUAUGGCCAAAGGUUCCAGAAACCUCACAAGUUUUGGAGAUUUCAAGUGUGGGUUUCUUCCUUUUUAAAAUAAGGAUUCUUUUGCCAUCCAAGCCUACAGCCCAGAAAUAUGAAGAUGAGAAGUUGCCAGAAACCCUUGGAGCUU